AUGGCCCCACCGUCGCUGCCGCACCUUGAAUCGCCUCGAUGCUCCUCCCCUAAUUCCUUGGCGAUUGUUGUGGCUGGAGGUGCUGAUCCGAUAUUGCCGUCUCCGAUUGCGACAACGGGAGCGGGUGUACGCGGCGGAUCAGGUGAUCCCUUGCAUCACAAAACGUUGCUGACGCCGCCGCCUUCAAUUCCACCUGGAUCGCUGGUCACUCCGGAUGCAGCCCAGCUGUUCCAUCCGGAUGCAAACAUACUUGAUGUGUUUGUCCCCAGGGUGCAGCAAACAUUUGAUACAAAAGAAGAAGCCUACCUCUUUUACCUUGACUAUGCAAAAUUGGCUGGUUUUAGUGUCACGACAAAAAGGACUAGUAAAGAAAUCAGACACUGGGUUUGCAACCGUGAGGGGUUUCUGAAGCCAGGUCAAGAGAAUGAGGAGCCUAUGACAAAUAAGACAUCGAUGAGAAUUGGUUGCCCUGCUUAUGUGAAGGUGAAGGAGGACAAGAAGCGCAAUAUUUGGUAUUUUCAUCAUGUUCAGGAAGCACACAAUCACAAACUUGAACCCUCACCAAGGAUGGUGAGAUAUAUGCAUUCUCAUAAGCAGAGGGAGGCAGCGUUGGAUGACCUGUUUGCAAUCAUGUCAAAGAGUGGUGUGCCAACACAGGCAGCAAUGAAUGUAAUGUCAGAAUUAUUUGGAGGCCGUCAAAACUGGCCGUUCACAGAGAAAGAUGUCCAUAACAAGAAAGCUGAGCAAGCAAGGGAGGAGAGGGAUGGUGACAUGGAUAAAUUGUUCCAAUUUUUCAGGGAGUGCAAAGAACACAAUGAAUACUUUUACUGGGAUGUGGAUUUUGAACCAAAAACAAAUGUGCUUCGGAGCAUUUUUUGGUGUCAUGCAAGUCAGCGUGCAGAAUACAAGGAUUUUGGGGAUGUAGUCACAUUUGACACAACACACAAGACUAACAACAAGCAUAUGCCGUUGGCCAUGUUUGUGGGUUGCAGCAAUAAUUUGAAAAAUGUGUCCUUUGGCCAAGCACUUCUUCGAGAUGAAACAAUAGACACAUUCAGAUGGCUUUUUGAGACCUUUAAAAGUUGCAUGGGUGGUCAGCAACCUUUUGUGAUUCUUACAGAUGAAGAUGCAGCGAUGAAGGAAGCAAUAAGGAUUGUGUUUAACAAGACACAACACCGAAAUUGCCGAUGGCACAUAACCAGAACAUGGGAUUACGAACUCGAGGAGCUGUACAAAUUGCACAAUGAUAAUAAUCUAAAGGAGAAACUGCAGUCCCUGAUAAACUAUCCUCUGGGGCCCACACAAUUUGAGGUGGAGUGGAAUAAGCUGGUGGAUGAAUGUGGCAUAAGAGAACACCCUGCAAUUGUUGCAUUGUGGCAGAAAAGGAAGAGAUGGAUAGCAACAUAUUUCAAAGGCAUGUACUGUGGGCGAAUGACUUCCACCCAGAGAUCUGAGAGCCAAAACAGGGUUUUGAAAGAUGGUUAUGUUAACAAUGUGACAAGCCUGCAUAUAUUUGCAAAGAGGGUGCUUGACUCGAUUCAGCACACAGACCACAUGGAUGCUGGGGAGUCACACUACUCACAGACUGAAGUUGUCAGAGCCUGCAAAUCAAGAUUUGAUGAGCAACUCAGCAGGGUGUACACCAGGGCUGUGUACAAUGAAUACAAGAGGGAAUAUAUUAACAGCACAGCUUUUGUGAUAGAGCCUGAUCCGGGAGUGGAAUGCGGUUACUUGGUGAAACAUGAGAAAGGCGAUGGGACAUUUUGCUGGGCACAACACGCAUUCAAGGUGGUGGCUGACAAAGCAGCAGGCGUGUAUAAAUGCGAAUGCAUGCAGUGGGAGCAUACAGGUCUGUUCUGCAUGCACAUAAUAAAGGCAUUCACCCACCUCCAAGUCCAAAACAUACCUGAAAAGUACAUUCUGAAGCGAUAUACACGUAAUGCAAGAUCUGUGGUUCCGUGGGACCGGCACGAUGUGAGUGUUGGUGGUCAAAAUGAGACAGAGCAGUCAAGGUUGUCGAAGCUGCUUCCAAAGUUAAUGCGACUGGGAAGAGCGGGAAGCAAAUCUGAUAGAGCAUACACUGAAACUAUCAGGCACAUCGACAUGAUAACUCCCGGGAUUGAGCUUCUACGAACAGCGGAGAUUGGUCCGAUUGGUCCGGACGAAGCAACAAAUACUGAGUUGCAGCAAGAUGCAGAAGGACGACGGAAUAUUGGUCCCAUUGCACCAACACAACAAAGUUCUGACAACAAUAUAGAACCUGUUGUGAUGCCAACUGGACCUACACCACCACCGGAAUCGGGCCUGAAUCCAGAUUCUGCAAACUGCCUCACUGAUCUAAGAUUGACUGAACCGCCAGUGUCGCGCACGAAGGGUAGGAAGUCUGCCAGUGGGGCUAAAUGUGCUAAAAAUAGUGUGGAACCUGCUAAUCCAUACAACACAUAUAGUGGUGGUCAGGGUAUAAGAGAGUGCCAAACCUGCCAUGUUAGGGGGCACUAUAGCACAACAUGCCCUCAGAACCCAAACAGAAGCAGAGCGGCCGAGAACAAGGACAAAAAGAGAAGUGCGAAAACUGUAGGUUGGACUCCAAGAAAAAGAGGUCGCCCAACAAUAAAAAAAGGACUAGAUGGGAAUCAAGAUGAGGCACAGAGUGAGGGGGAUGAUACACAGCAAUCUGGGUGCACUAUGGCGGUGCAGGAGUCAGCAGCACACGCGGUGAUUGCAAGAAUUAGGAGGGCGACAACUUGCCAUGUUAAUUACCAGGACGAAAGUGAUUAAGGAUGACUAUGAAUCUGACUGAAUCUCCAAUGUAAUAUUUCAAUUUUAUCUUAUUUUAUAACUCUGUGUAAGUUAAACUCAAUAAUGACUGUGUGACUGUUCGUAAAACAGUGGACACACAUGACCAACCAAUUGCAACAUCGUAGUUGCGCUGAUUGCAACUGUAUGUAUACACUGAAUAAUACAUGAAUCUGUGUUAUCUGUUUA